AUGCCUUCUCAUCUCAUUACCGGUGCGAGCAGGGGGAUCGGCCUUGGUCUCGUCACGGAACUGCUGCGAGAUCCCCAGAACUAUGUGAUUGCCGGAGCCCGCGACCCUGCAGGGUCAAAACACCUACACGAGCUAGACGCAAAAUAUGGCUCUGAACGACUAGCCAUCGUGCAAUUAGACGUCACCGAUGCUGCGAGCGUCACACGAGCGGUGCCAGAAGUUGAAGCAUUGCUAAAGCCGCAGGGUGGUGGAUUGGACUCCCUGAUCAACAAUGCAGGAACAGCGUGCCAGGCCCUAUGCGAUUUCGACGAAAUUAAUACAGAUUUGGCUGAAGAAGAAUUCCGCAUCAAUACAGUUGGUUCGUUGCGGGUCACACGUGCAUUUCUUCCCAUGGUGCGCAAGGGGCAGUGGAAGAAAAUCACCUUCAUAACCUCUAUCCUCGGCUCUCUUGAGCUCGCACCUGAAUGGGAAGGACUAUCAAAUUCGUAUGCGAUAUCAAAAGCUGGUCUUAAUAUGCUCGCUCGCCUCUGGGGAGCACGUUUGCGUUCUGAAGGCAUAACCAUCAUUCUCAUGCAUCCCGGCUGGGUUGCCACGGAACUGGCUGAGCCAAUCGAACAUUGGAUGAGCAAGAAUCAUCCAGAAGUGCCGAGGAUUACGCCUGAUCAAUGUGCUACCGGGGCUGUCCGUGUAAUCAAGGAGGCUGGACUUCAAGAGACAGUCCAGUAUUACCAGUGGAAUGGAAAGAUGUUACCUUUGUGA